AUGGUCCUCAUAACCUGGCAAGGAGGUUCAACGGGGGAUAACGUGGCCAAGUUAACUACUCAACUUGGCAUUAUUGUCCGGAAUGGUAACAUUGUUCCUCUUACUUUUCUCGACUGGAACAAUGUGCCUGAUGAUAUUAUUGAUGCUAUCUGGAAGGAUGUGAAGGACAAUUUGAAUAUAUGUCCAGAGGAGUACAAGCCAAUCUGCAUGAAAAACUGCAACAACAUAUGGAAGGAUCACAAGAACAAGCUUAAGGCUAAGUAUUUCAAACCUAGAAGCUCUGAUCCUAAUAUGAAGGAUGAUGUUCCUAUGAACAUUGUGCCAAGCCAGUGGGAACAACUUGUAGAGUAUUGGCGUACUUCCGAUGCUGAGGUAUACAAUUACGUUAUAUUUAAGAUAUGUAAACAUACAAAUCAUAUUUACAUACUUACAUUUGUUGAACUUGUUAUAGAAAAUUGCAAGUAGGAAAGCUAAAAAUCGGCGAGCU